GUGCUUAUAAUAGGUUGGCCCAAUCUUCUUUAACUCGGUCCACAAAACUUUUGCCAAACCAGCAAGUUUCACCUUAGUAAAUUUUGCUCUUGGGCCACCUUUCAUGUCACCUUCCUUCAAAAGUGGGAACUUCUUGACUCUUUUUCCUGCUAUCUCUAGCUUUAUCAUAUCUUUCACAUUAUAUCUACUUGAAGAGAUCCAUGGACCAUUCAAAAUGGGGUAUCAGGUUGCUUCAUGACCUCGGGGAGCCCGAAAGGGUCCUCACAAUCAAAGAUGAGAGACUGAAAAUGGUCAUUGGAAAACUAGAUGCAAAGGAUAAGGAACUAAAGAAGAUGAAGAAAGAAAUGGCCCAAGAUAGUGAUGAUCUGAGGAAGCUCUAUGCUUUGGCACAGGAAAGAAUUGGUGAAGCUCCAGUUGAGAAGCUCAACUGGAGGCAGCUCCAAUUGAGCUCCAAUUAUGAUAUUAUCACUCUGCAUAAUGGUGCUGGAACUGGGGUGAGUUCUGUUAACAAUGAAUGUUUUAGCAAAGUCAGAACAGAAGUUGCCCAGUUUUCAGCUUUAACUGGGCAGCUCGUCGAAGAGGCUGAUUCACUUAAAGGUCUGAGCGCAUUCUUGUUUGACAAUGGACCGUAUUCGAGUUCAAGUCUGAACGCAUGUUGUUUUGAAUCUAAGAAUCAUUGCCCAACUGCUGAUCUUGUUGCACAAGUCUCUACCCUUAUUGCUCUCUGGUAUCCUGAAGAUGUUAGACUUCUUCUUCCAUCUUUGCUACCUGAGUUCCCUCUGCCAUUCCCAGAGCCAGAGCUGAUUGCUCCGAUAACCAGGAUGUUAAGUAGACCCCAUCAGCAAACUGGAAUAGCGAAGCAGAAUAAAUUUAGUAUACAAGGGAGGGCUCUUUUUCGUGUUGGGCUGAAAAUUAUGGGAAAUGCAAGGAUACCCACUCCUGUGCCAAGAUCUGACAGGACAGCUAUGUCUGCAUCAUCGCCUUCUACAACAGCAACGCCCCGUUCCCAUACUCAAACUGUUGUCAUUCAGAAUCCUAGUUCCGUCGAUGAAAGUGGCAAAGUGGUGAGCAAUGUUGUUGUGGGCGUCGCAACAUAG